AUGUCAGUCAAUUCUGAAAUGACUUGGGCUGAACGUGCAUCUCGUGGUUCUACUAUGAGGUUCUAUCAGCCAUCCAAGAGGCGUUCGGUGGAGGCCGCCGCUUCUUCUUACCCUUUGGUGGGUUCUGUGAUGUUUGAGGAUGAUGAUUUGAAGAGUCAAAUCUUAGCUAGUAAGGCAAUGGCGAUUGUGCAGCAGGCACUUACUUCUGGUUCAGUUCUCUUUUCUUUCCGUAAGGGUUUGUUUGGUGAUCGUGUGGAUGCGUACAAGGUAAUUCAAACCCAGGUGUCUUCUCUGGUGGAAUUUCGUCCUUUAAGUGUCUACGAUGAAAAGAACGAUGGUUCUUUGCUUAUUGAAGCCAAGUUCGAGGAGGUGGAUGAUGCGAACAAGGCUAUGACAACUGGUGUUAACGUGAAUGGCAUGGUGUACAAGGCUGUUCACGCCAAGGAAUGCAAGGAGUUUGGUGAUUUGAAGUUUGUCCAGUUUACUUUGAUGCGCAUCGUCAAAGAACCCACUUUUUUGCAUGAUUUGAUCAAGUCUUUGUCGUUUUAUGGUCGUGUCCUGCAGGUGAAGAAGUUCACUCGUGGUGGUUUCUUUGAGGGCAAGUUUUCGGUGAUGGUGGAUACCUCGGUGGGAUAUCAGGUAGAGGGUGGUGAGUGGCAGGAGGCUCAACCUCUAGAUAGAAUGCUCUAUCUCAGCGAGUUUGAUUUCUUUGUCGCAGCGACAUAUAAGGGUGCUCCUCCUGUUUGUCAUUUCUGUCGUCAUAGUGGUCAUGUCCGCGCUAAAUGUCCUGAGUUGCUCCAGC